UUUUAAGCUAUUGUUUUGAUAUGCUUGCUACAUUUUCAACUCCACAUAUGCACCAACAAGCAUUUCAGCAACGAGCUUCGACUUCAAUGGAAGCUCCACCAGCCGAAUCCAGCCCUGUGAUAAAAUCAGUAGACCCUCAAGAUGAGUCUCCUUUAAAAUUUGAUUUUGCUUCAACCCAACCUACACAAUCAAAACAAGCGUUUCGAUUUAAAGCUGCAACGAACCGUCCAAUUGAUGAUAUACCUGAAGGUCCUGGUAGAAGAUUGAGAAAAAAUGUUGCGAAUGUCAGAAAACAUAUUGAUUAUGUUGCUAAUGUGCUUAACCACGUUGAGGGUCGUUUAUGGCAACAUUCUCGUUUUAAUCGAACAGUUACUCAACCAGAUAUUCUCUAUCAAAAUUAUGUUCUUCCCCCUGCUUCAAUGCCAGAUAUUCCUGUUGAUUGUGUUUUAACUAAAUUUGUACGCUCUGCAAUGAAUAAAGUUAAAUGUCCAGUUUAUUCUCUUUGUUGGACGCCAGAAGGAAAACGUUUAAUUACUGGAGCUUCCUCUGGAGAAUUUACUUUGUGGAAUGGAACUGCUUUUAAUUUUGAAACUAUAUUACAGGCCCACGAUGUUGCUAUUCGUGCAAUGAAAUGGUCACAUAAUGAUCAAUGGCUUGCUUCAGCUGAUCACGAUGGUUUUGUUAAAUAUUGGCAGCCAAAUUUCAACAAUGUUCACAUGUUUCAAGCGCACAAGGACGAGCCAAUACGUUCAUUAAGGUUCUCUUCUCUCAACUUUUUUUCAAAAAAAAAUUUUGUCAGCAAUAAAAAAAAAUUUUUUUGUUGA